CGCAAUGAAAACCCUCCCCAUCGUUCACACAGUUCAAGCAUUAUACAACAAAAAAAGAAAGAUCUAGUGUCCCGUAGCAAUGAAGAUCAUUUUCGUCUUUGCUCUUCUUGCUAUUGCUGCAAACAGCGCCUCUGCGCAGUUUGAUGUUUUAGGUCAAAGUUAUAGGCAAUAUCAGCUGCAGUCGCCUCUCCUACUACAGCAACAUGUGCUUAGCCCAUAUAAUGAGUUCGUAAGGCAGCAGUAUGGCAUAGCGGCAAGCCCCUUAUUGCAAUCAGCUGCAUUUCAACUGAGAAACAACCAAGUCUGGCAACAGCUCAGGCUGGUGGCGCAACAGUCUCACUAUCAGGAUAUUAACAUUGUUCAGGCCAUAGCGCAACAGCUACAACUCCAGCAGUUUGAUGAUCUCUACUUUGGUCGGAAUCUGGCUCAAGCUCAAGCUCAAGCUCUGUUGGCUUUGAACUUGCCAUCUAGAUAUGGUAUCUACCCUAGGUACUAUAGUGCACCUAGUAGCAUUACCACCCUUGGCGGUGUAUUGUACUGAGUUUUAACAAUAUAGUGGUUUGGAAGUUAAAAAUAAGCUCAGAUAUCAUCAUAUAUUUGACAUGAGAAACUCGGUGUGAUAUAUCCUUGUACAUCGUCGUAACUAAUUACUAUCAUUGGUACUCUACAA